AUGUUGCUUCUGGUUUCAUCGGUUUUUGCUUUUCUAAAUCUUCCAAGUUACGUUAUGAGAAUAAAAGCAUUUCUUGUUGAGAAUGAAAACGAAUCUCAAGGCGUAGUAAUAACUCAGUUCGGCAAGAGCACGGUUUCUAACGAGAAACAAUUCAUCACAUUACAAUAUCCAAGACUUACAUCGUGUUAA